UUAGGGAAAGAAAAUUUCUCGAUACUUUUUAUUCGCAUACAAUUCGAAGAGAAUAGGUGCGCUAGUGUCGCUGUUGUUUCCACACGGAUACGUAGCGAUAUUUAUCAUCCUAUAUGCAAUAUCGUAUUUCGCAUAUACACAUUUGACGCGGUCCCGAUAUACCCUCUCGAUAACGAAAGAGAAUUGCAAAAAAUGCCAGAUACACCGACCAUAUUCCGUUUCACUAACAACAACGACCACUUGACUUUCAAUCAGCGCUUAUUCUACGAGAAAAAUGGAUUUUUAAUCAUUCCCGAUCUUAUACCGCAACGUAUAUUGGACAAGUGUUCAAAGAGAUACGACGACAUCAUUUCCCGAAAUAUCGAUCCAGGACUUAUCACGAUUAUGCGCGACGUAGCCGAUAGGAAAUUGGUCAAUAAGAUACAAAACAUUAAUCACGAUCAAGUAUUUGAAGAAUAUUUCGAAUAUGACAAGUUGUUGGAUAUCGUCGAGUGUAUCACGGGCCCUAAUAUAAUGGCCAUGCAUAGCAUGUUAAUAGCGAAACCGCCGGACGCAGGAUACGGUUCGAGUUCACAUCCACCGCAUCAGGACCUUCAUUAUUUCCCUUUUCGGCCGGCCGACAAGAUCGUAGCAACUUGGACCGCAAUAGAGCCGUGUAAUCGUUCGAACGGUUGCCUUUACGUUAUUCCCGGAACUCAUGGACUUGAUAAACUCUACGAGCACGAUUAUCCUCCUGGCUCGAAACCGAAUACAGUAAACAAGUUUUAUUACGGUAUUUGGGAUUUACCACCGAUGGACGACAGAUCCUAUAUCGUAAUGAAACCCGGCGAUACAGUCUUCUUCCAUCCUUUGCUCAUACACGGAUCCGGCAUUAAUCGAUCCAACGGAUCGAGAAAGGCCAUUUCUUGCCAUUACGCCUCCUCCGACUGUUAUUACAUCGAGGCUAAAACUCCAACGGAAAAACAAAAUCAAAAUGAGAUUCUGAUGGCUUUCAAAAAACGAUUCCCUAAUUCGAAUGUAACGUAUGAGGAUAUUUGGAGACUCAAAUCCAAGCUUGUGCGCGGCGCUCGAUCCUCGUUGUAGACCUCUCUCUCGUUCACAUUUGCGCGUUUUCAAAGAUGACAACAGGAAAGGAAAUUUGCCCUGUCGAGGGUAAUUGAUUGCACGACAGAAGAAGAUGUAACGACAACACCGUCGUUGUCGCGAUUAUUAUUCAGUGACUUGAUAUCACGACGAUGUCGUUGAUGAUUAUAAGGUGGUUGAAGAGUGUAACAAUGUUUCGAAUGAGGAUCUUUAUAGGUAUUCUCAUGUCGCACGCUAGCACUGGAUGUACGACAGGCGGCGAGGCAAGUUUGAAAUCGAUCCAUAUUGCGAAGACGCACCUUUACCGUAUCUUCUUCCUUUAUUCUCGGAAGAUUUUUACCACUUUCUACGGUAUCCUUCUUUCCCUUUAUAUGCUGUUAACAUAAUAAUAAUAAUAAUAAUAAUAAUAAUAAUAAUAAUAAUAAUAAUAAUAAUAAUAGGAGCGUACCUUAGACUUAAUUACUUAGAACAAAUAGGAAGAGGAAUACCUUGGCAGGAUGUAAACAACAGGAAACGCAAUAUUCGUAAAUAGCACAGCAUCCUUGAGCAUUACACGUCUUACAACUGUAUCUCUCCUUAAGGGCCGUAAUCGUGGCCUCUUCCGUUUUAUACGGUUGCUUCUGUUCCCUGCUACAGCAACCAUUAGACAAAAGUUCGUGCCUGGCACAUACUACUCCGUGCUCGUCCACUAUCAAUACUUUGCCCUAAAAAAUAAUUUCAUCCUUUCUUGCUUUUAUAAACAUAAGAUGCCUUUCGAGCGUGUAAUAUAUCUACAACAAUAUACCUGUACAGAAUUGCGGCAUGGUCGAUUAGACGUAUCGCUGUCAUUUAAGUUAGACGGCGAAUCUAUACCUAAGCCAUUAUCAUUAGCUCCUCCUUCGUUUGGAACAUCGAUCCCCCAAGAUUCACGUGGUUUACCGGAUGCUUUAAGUUGUUGUGACGGAACGUCGUCGUCAGAAAUCAUAUCGUCGUUGUUGUUGUCAUUCAUUAUCAAUCCCUCCAUAUCGUCGAGAUCGCUAUCCAAUUCUAUCGAUCUACUCUGUAAUAAAUAAUAUUAUUUUAAUCGACCUUACAAACGUCAUAUUCAACCUUAUACAUUGAUCCUAGCUAUCCUUAGAAAAAUCCUCUCCUUACCUCAUUGCGGAAUAAAGAAAAAGCGCAAUAAGUCAGCGACAAUGUAAAUAUAAGUCCCAAAACUAAACGCCGACGAAUAAUCCUAACGAAUCCCGUGUAUCCUGCCAUGGUUAUAUAAUUCGUAACCGAGCACAAAACUUUAAACUUUUCCUCUUAAACUUUUAAACAUUUUUAUCGUUUAGGUAUACCUAUUAGAUUCAUUGUAUACCAAAAUAUUAUCCGAGAUAAGAUAUUUCUCGACAUAUAGGAUUAACACGCAUAAACGGUAAAUAUCACCAAAUCUCUUGCAAAAGGAGGUUAUGUUUCCAUUGGACUUUUCAGCAUAUCUAUUUUGUAACAUUCGCGAAUAUUUCUUUUUAAUCGUACCGAAUCACUGCGAAUACUUGUUGAUUACCUUGCUUGAUAUCGAGGACAUAGAUAUAUAGAAUCGAUCAAAAGCACGACAUUUAAGAAAAUCCUGAAAUUAGAUCGCAAGAAUAGAUUUCUUUGUUUCUUCUGUCGAACGCUAGAUGGCUUAUAACAUAUCGUCUCGUUACAUACGCAUGUGGAUAGAGUUUGACAAGGCGCAUAAUUAAUACGCCGACAAACGCACGUUGCUUGGAAACCAACCAAAAA